AUGACUGCCUUGAUUGUUGUAGGCACAGACUACAGCACCCAUUCACCCUUGUGUGUGCCUCACCUGUUUUUUUCCUCAGAUGUGGACGAGUGUGCCCAAGGGCACGAUGACUGCCACCCAGAUGCAAUUUGUCAGAAUACUCCAAAGCUAUACAAGUGUACCUGUAAGCCAGGCUACAGCGGAGAAGGAAAGAUAUGUGAAGACAUUGAUGAAUGUGAUAAUGACUUCAACGGAGGCUGCGUUCACGAAUGUUUCAACAUUCCAGGCAAUUAUCGUUGUAUGUGUUAUGAUGGCUUCAUGUUGGCUCAGGAUGGCCAUAAUUGUCUCGAUACAGAUGAGUGCUUCUUCAACAAUGGAGGCUGCCAGCAUGUUUGCGUCAACACAGUGGGGAGCUAUGAGUGUCGUUGCAACGAUGGAUUCUUUCUCAGUGAUAACCAGCACACCUGCAUUCAUCGUUCAGAAGAAGGCAUGAGCUGCAUGAAUAAAGAUCACGGCUGUGCCCAUAUUUGCAAAGAAGCGCCAAAAGGAGGAGUGGCCUGUGAAUGCAGACCUGGAUUUGAACUGGCCAGGAACCAGAGAGACUGCAUUUUGACAUGCAACCACGGGAACGGUGGCUGUCAGCAUACAUGCGAGGAUGCGGAAGAUGGACCGGUCUGUGGAUGCCAUCCAGAGUACACUGUGCAUUCCAAUGGAAGGACCUGCCUUGAGCGAGAUGAGGCUUCAGCGGAGACAGUGGAAAACAAUGCCACAGCAGCAGCUGAUGUAGACAAGCGGGUGAAGCGGCGACUGCUCAUGGAAACAUGUGCCGUAAAUAACGGUGGCUGUGAUCGUACUUGUAAGGACACCUCAACAGGUGUUCACUGCAGCUGUCCUGUUGGAUUUACUCUUCAGUUUGAUGGGAAAACUUGCAAAGAUAUUGAUGAAUGUCAAGCCAACAAUGGUGGAUGUGAUCACUUUUGUAGAAACACAGUUGGUAGUUUUGAUUGCAGCUGCAAAAAAGGAUUUAAAUUAUUAACGGAUGAAAAGUCUUGCCAAGACAUUGACGAAUGUUCAUUUGAAAGGACAUGUGACCAUAUAUGCAUCAAUCAUCCAGGCACUUUUGAGUGUACUUGCAGCAAAGGAUACAUUCUCUAUGGCCUCACACAUUGUGGAGAUAUUAAUGAGUGCAGCAUCAACAAUGGAGGCUGCCAGCAUACCUGCAUAAACACUUUGGGGGAUUAUGAAUGCCGCUGUAAUGCAGGCAACAAGUUACAUUGGAACAAAAAGGACUGUGUUGAAAGGUUCUUGCCUGACGUCAUUUCACGCCAAAUAUCUCUGCGUUGCGUUAAGACCGGUGGAAGCGAUAGGUGCUUUUUAAUCUGCCCUUCAGACAUCCACUUUAUGUCAGGCCUGGAAGAUUCCUACACUAUAAAAUGUGGCAGCCCUUCUCAGUUUAAGAAAAAAACCCAUAAUGCAAAUGAGUCAGCAGCCUUAGAUCUUUCCACCAUCAGGACAAGUUUAACCUUUAAACUUAAUGAAGGAAAAUGUAACUUGAGAAAGAGUAAGAUGUUUCAAGAUGCUGUGCAUCAUGUAAUACAAGAGAAACAUAAUUCAGUAAUGGAGACCUUCUACUAUGUAAAGCUAACAUGCAUUUCUGGCAAGAGAGUUCUUGGAGACCUCGGCAGAUUGAAGGCAGCUAGAGAAAUGUUUAUAUCUGCGGACUUUGAACUUGAAGCAAACCAAAAGGAGGUGACAGAGACAUGUAAUUUGAAUUGUGUACGUAAAAGGACUGAGAAGAGGCUGCGUAAAGCAAUUAGAACGUUGCGAAAAGUGAUCAACAAAGAGCAAUUUCAUAUUCGCCUGGCUGGUAUGGACCAUGAUGUGGCCAGAAAAUCUCCCAGAGUACUGGAUGCUCAAGAACUGUGUAGCCUAGGUCAAAGGCAUGUGGAUAACAGAUGUGCUAGCUGCAGUGUUGGAACAUAUUAUGAUGGGGAUCAAGAAGGUUGCAUUUUAUGUCCUAAUGGAACUUACCAAGACCAUGAAGGUCAAAUAACUUGUGAACCUUGCCCAAUUCCUCAGAACCCAGGGAGCCAAAAACCAGCUGGAGCUCGCACUAUAUAUGAAUGUGGAGGGCAGUGCUCACCUGGUGAGUAUUCUUCUGAUGGAUUUAAGCCCUGUCUUCUGUGUCCUCCUGGAACAUACCAGCCAGAGCCAGGACGGACAUCUUGUUUUACCUGUGGAGGAGGCCUAAUGACAAAACAUACCAGCGCAACCGUGUUUCAGGACUGUGAAACGAAAGUGCAGUGCUCACCCGGUCACUUCUACAACACUUCAACUCACCGAUGCAUCCGCUGCACAGUCGGAACGUACCAGCCGGAGUUUGGACAAAAUUACUGCAUUGCCUGCCCUGGGAAUACCACCACUGAUUAUGAUGGCUCAACAAAUGUAACACAGUGCAAAGAUAGGCACUGUGGCGGUGAGCUUGGGGAAUUUACUGGAUAUAUUGAAUCCCCAAACUAUCCUGGAAAUUACCCUGCAAAUACUGAGUGUACCUGGAUGAUAAAUCCACCUCCAAAACGGCGCAUCCUGAUUGUGGUCCCAGAAAUAUUUUUACCAAUAGAAGAUGAAUGUGGAGACUACCUUGUGAUGAGAAAAAGUUCUUCCUCGAAUUCUGUGACCACAUAUGAAACCUGUCAAACCUACGAACGCCCAAUAGCUUUCACUUCCAGGUCUAAAAGGCUGUGGAUCCAGUUCAGAUCAAAUGAAGGAAAUAGUGCCAAAGGAUUCCAGGUCCCUUAUGUAACAUAUGAUGAGGAUUAUCAGGAACUAAUAGAAGACAUAGUCCGGGAUGGUAGACUGUAUGCAUCAGAAAACCAUCAAGAGAUCCUUAAGGAUAAGAAACUGAUAAAGGCCCUGUUUGAUGUUUUGGCACAUCCACAGAACUACUUCAAGUACACAGCGCAAGAGUCCAGGGAAAUGUUUCCAAGAUCCUUUAUUCGGCUGCUGCGUUCUAAAGUCUCCAGGUUUUUGAGACCUUACAAAUAAUGGACUCCAUAUUUUGAAAACUUCCCAACUGUACAGUAGGAAAUUGUGGUUUUCUCUAUUAUAGGGAAGUCUUCAGGAAGCUGAUUGGUCAACUGUAUACAGUGUGUACAUUUUUUUAA